GUCUACUGCAAUAGUCACGAACGAACGCUGGUUCGUUUUUUAUAUGACUGUGAUCGCCAAUCGUAUCGACCGAGUUUUCGCUGACGUUUUGACUCUGUGCCAGUUAUUGAACUAAAGCUAUCGUAGGAUUUCGGCUAAAAAAAUUUUGCAUUACUGACCUUUCAAUGUGGUGUUUCUCUCUGCGCAGACGCUGCUGUCCACAACAACGUGGAAAGACAACGUUCUUUUCCUCAUCAUGCUAGAAAGUUGAAUUCCUUAAACGAUACGUGAAAACAUUCAGUGACGUGCGCUACUCGCUUACCUAGCAGUUGUUAUUUUUUUUUUUAGAAGUCGGUGUUGACGAUCAAAGUUCGAGUGUGAUACAGGAAAGUCGUGAAGUGGAGAAAAUGAAGAGUCUUUCGUUCAUGAAUUCACAGUAAACGUGCUUUAUCAACGAGACAACUCCAUCGCUGGCAUCGGUCGAUAUAGUGCAUCCGGGCUGAAAAGUCUGUGUGGCAAAUCGACCUUCUUUAUCGAUCAAGCACCGAGACGAAAUGGGACAAUCACUUAGCUUAAGCAGUCAUCAACCUCCAUCGAAUCGACUCGUUUCCCCAAAUUCUCACCGAUCACUCAAGCGCGUACACAGUGAAGAAGCAAGAGAUGGAAAAAGAUCCAGCGUUUCGUUGCCCGCUUCACCGUCCUUUCGGAGACGAGCGGUCAGCGCGGAUCCUCAACAAGAGCAGCCUGAAUCACCCACUAAAUCACCAUUAUCGUUUGAUUCAAUGCUAAAGAAUUUCGAAGAGUUUGCCCAACAUCAGUGGCCGACGUGGGCUAAACGCAGAGGCUGGAUCGCUGAUAUCGCUCCCGAAGCUGUUAUUCCCUCAACUGUUACUACGGAUGACGGCAGUGGCCGCGUUAUCCAAGUCGACAAAGACAAAUGGAUCUUUCUACGACCCCGAAAGAAAUGUUCAACAUCUAUUAGUCCCGUGAGCGUCGGUAGCAUUCCUGUGGAAACGGUAAUCGAAGAAGACGUUCUGUUGGAAUGUGGUGUAGGAAAAAUGGUGGAUAUCUUACACAUUGACGAGAGCCGAAUAGUCACUGGCAUUAGCGGUCAAAGAUCACGUCGUAGCAGCGGCUACGCUUCUGCUUCCAAUUCACCGUCAGCAAUAAAAAAAGUAACUGAGCCGUCAGCCCCAUCGAUUGCUACGGCAAAUAGUCAUCUGGUGGUACCGGAAGAUUCUAACGAUGACUGGAGAUUCUCGAGCCUUUACGAAGUCACCCUGCGUUGGAUGUUUGAACCAGAUUUAUCCGAUUUCGAAGAUACAGUAAAUCAGUCUUUUGAAAACAAGACCGUUAGUAACUCCGUCCUCAACGAUUCCGGAACUUCAUCUCUUGGAGAAAUCUGUUUGACUGAAGAUCCUUCGAUAAUCGUUACCGAAUCACUACCAGACACCAUUCGAAUUUACUUGCACUCCUUUUGCCGACAGAAGAAAAAGCUGCCCUCAUUUAUUGAUUUCCGUCCAAUUCCUCGUCUGGCCUAUGACGUCACUGCUGGUGCAUCGAACAUGAACCACGAGAGGCAGAUGUAUGUUCUUGCAUUUCAAGACGGAAGCCCUGGCCCCCAGACUUCAUUUCCGAGAGAUAUCGCGUGCAUCGAGUUGGUGCAACAACUCGUGGAAGUCCAUCCGCUUCUUUCAGACUGGGAAGCAAGAAAACUUGCUAUUUACGAGAAAAUCUGGCAGCCAGGAAAAACCAGCAGAGCUCGUCUGCGUCGCUUGAACGAUUUUGAUUGUCCGCUGCUACUUGCCCAAAAAUGGCAGUCCGAUGAUACCAAUCCCGAUGCGCCUAAGUGUGCCAAAACGUUGAUUCUUCAAGAAAUUCAAAAUGGAGACAUUCCGUGGGAAGAAUUCACCGUGGCUGAACUGUCAAGUUUCCUAAAAGUCUUGGAACGUGAAGAGAAAAACCAUGAAAUGCAGAUCCGUGAGAGGUACCAGCUGCUAAAUGAGCGCUUGCGAGAAACUAUGCAACUUUCGAAUCCGACAGCAUACAAAAACAUGAAUUAUCAAGUCAACCUUUUAGCGCCGCAAGUUGAAAUUUGAAAAGAGUACUAUAAAAUAUAUGAUGUUAAUACCUGCUGAUCUUAUACAGAAUCCGAGUGCUGUGAUAGAGAGCUAAUAAAACAUUUUGAUUCAAA